GCAGCUUUAGUUUGCAGGCUUUGUUUCUUUCCAGUCUUAAUUUAAACUGCUCCUUCCUGCCCCAAAAGAGCAAGUGUUGCUUAAACCGUCUGCACCACAACGCUCUCGUCUGCAGCAGUUUACAAACGUGGCAGCUCCUUUGAUCCUCCAAGCUCCCUUCUGAAGCCAGGGAUUGUUUGAUGCUGGAGGAAGAGUUUAGUGCCAUGGCUGUGCCGCUGGGGCUGCUGCUGGCCCUGCUGGGCUGCACCACAGCACUGGAUCCUGCCCUGGAUGAGGCCUGGGAAGGGUGGAAGAGCCUCCAUGGCAAGGAGUACCCAGGGGAGGCUGAGCCCAUCCGCAGGGAGGUCUGGGAGAAGAACCUGCUCCGCAUCCAGCAGCACAACUGGGAGCAGUCACGAGGGCAGCACAGCUUCCGCCUGGCCAUGAACCACCACGGGGACCUGACAGAGGAGGAGUUUAACCAGCUCCUGAACGGCUUCACCCCAGCAUGGCCGGAGGAGCCAGCGCCGCUCUUCCAACCACCACAGACCCUGCAGGCCCCGGUGGAGGUGGACUGGAGGGCAAAGGGCUACGUGACACCCGUGAAGAACCAGGGGCACUGCGGCUCCUGCUGGGCCUUCAGCGCCACGGGGGCCUUGGAGGGGCUCGUGUUCAACCGCACGGGGCAGCUGGUGGUGCUGAGCGAGCAGAACCUCAUCGACUGCUCCCGGCCGCUGGGUAACGCCGGCUGCCGCGGCGGGUACAUGACCAGCGCCUUCCAGUACGUGCACACCAACGGCGGCUUGAACUCGGAGCGCGUCUACCCCUACACGGGCACGGACACCUCCGCCUGCCGCUACAACCCCCGGGACAGGGCAGCCGCCUGCUCCGGCCUGCGCAUGGUGGCCCAGGGCAAUGAGGCGGUGCUGGAGCAGGCGGUGGCAGCCGUGGGCCCCGUGUCUGUGGCAGUGGACGCCAGCAGCUUCCAGUUCCACUUCUACAAGUCUGGCAUCUUCAGCAGCGUGUCCUGCAGCCAGCGGGUGAACCAUGGCAUGUUGGCUGUGGGCUACGGCACGAGCCAGGACCGCGGGCGCAAUGUGAGCUACUGGAUCUUAAAGAACAGCUGGUCGGAGCUAUGGGGUGAGCAAGGCUACAUCCGCCUGCUGAAGGGCGCCGACAACCAGUGCGGGGUGGCCUCCCAGGCCAGCUUCCCUGUGCCGUGA